GGAUGGAAUCGUGAAACACACAAGUAUAAACGUGAGGAGCACGGCAAAUGGCGUCUGGUCAUUCCUCCGAACUCUGAUGGGUCGUGCCCGAUUCCACAUGGAUCCAUUGUCAAGAUCGCUGUCACAAAGAAUGGUAAAACUAUGGACAAACUCAGUCCAUGGGCGGCUUACGUCACUCGACCAAAGGAUACUGUAGUCUAUCAUCAGCAAUUCUACAACCCUCCCAACAAGUACAAGCUCGUACACCCACGACCCAAGCGGCCGGCAUCAUUGCGUAUCUACGAAGCUCAUGUCGGUAUCAGCAGUCCUGAGGGAAAAGUGAACACCUAUCGAGCAUUCGCCGAUGAUGUCAUUCCACGAAUCGUCAAGCAAGGUUAUAAUACGAUUCAACUGAUGGCUGUGAUGGAACACGUUUACCUAUGCAUCUUUUGGGACCAAUCACAAGUUCGCUGUGGACCACCAGACGAUGUCAAAUACAUGGUCGAUAAGGCGCAUUCGAUGGGCCUCACUAUCCUUCUUGACGUGGUUCAUUCUCAUGCGUCAAAAAACGUCGCUGAUGGUCUCAAUGAAUGGGACGGUACCGAUAGCUGUUACUUCCACAGCGGUCCUCGAGGAACUCACACACUGUGGGACUCGAGGCUCUUCGACUAUACUCAGAUUGAAACCUUGCGCUUCUUAAUGUCAAACCUUCGAUGGUGGGUUGAAGAAUAUGGCUUCGAUGGAUUCCGUUUCGACGGUGUUACCUCUAUGAUCUACCAUUCACAUGGAAUGAGUGACGACUUCGCUGGAGGAUAUCCUAUGUAUUUCGGCCUCAAUGCUGAUACGGACUCUCUGGUCUAUCUGAUGCUUUCAAAUGACUUCCUUCACAAGAAAUAUCCGGAGAUAGUAACCGUCGCCGAGGAAGUUUCCGGAAUGCCAGCCCUUUGCCGUCCCGUAGCUGAAGGUGGACAAGGUUUUGACUAUCGGUUAGCGAUGGCGCUGCCGGAUAUGUGGAUCAAAAUUCUCAAGCAUAUGAAAGAUGAGGACUGGGUGAUAGGAGACAUCGUGCACACGUUGGAAAAUAGA